GGCAGCGGCAGCGGCAGCGGCAGCGGCGUCGGCGGCUUCGGCGGCCGAGUGGCGGGAUGGCGGGCGCCGCGAGCGAGUCGCGCUUCGCGGGGCUGUCGCUGAUGCAGCUGCACGAGCUGCUGGAGGACGACGCGCAGCUCGGCGACAUGGUCCGGGGGAUGGAGGAGACGCAGACUGUUCAGCUUAACAAAGAGAUGACGCUGGCCAGCAACCGGAGCCUGGCAGAGGCUAACCUUUUGUACCAGCCCCAACUGGACGCUCAGAAAGCUCGCCUGACCCAAAAAUACCAGGAGCUCCAGGUUCUCUUUGAGGCCUAUCAGAUAAAGAAGACCAAGCUAGAUAAACAGUCCAACAGUGCUUCCUUGGAGACCUUGUUAGCACUUCUUCAAGCAGAAGGGGCCAAGAUUGAGGAAGACACUGAGAACAUGGCAGAGAAGUUUCUGGAUGGGGAGCUGCCUCUGGAUGCCUUCAUCGACGUCUACCAGAGCAAGCGGAAGCUGGCUCACAUGCGACGUGUAAAAGUGGAGAAGCUCCAGGAGCUGGUGCUGAAGGGACAGAGACUCCCCCAGGCCGGGGCCCCAGUACCUCCCAGGGUGCCUGAGCCAUCAACUGCCACCCCCCUGCCCUAUCCCCCUCUGGAGGCCGCCGGGCUCCCUUGUGUCGUGCCGCGGCGCAUCCCCCCGCCUCCACCCCCAGUGCCUGCAGGACACAUAGCCACCCCGUUCACGGCUGCCAUGACAGGCUCAGGACAGGCUUCUCCAUACCCAGGAUUACAGUGCCCGCCUCUGCCCCCCAGGGUGGGCCUCCCCUCUCAGCAAGGAUUCUCGGCACAGCUGGUGUCACCGUACCCGCCAGCCCUGCCCCAGAGACCCCCUCCACGGCUGGCUCCACACCAGCCAGGCUUCAUCCUCCAGUGAGCUCCGCGGGUCUCUUCUUCCUGCAAGACACCCCCAUGCCUGCCGUGCCAGGCUCUGCAAACGGAGGCCGCGGAGUCCAGCAUCUGGGCCAGUGGCGUG